AUGGAGCCUUUUGUGAAUGUAAUUAUUAUAUUAUGUGCAUGUGUUAUUUUCGUGUUGAUUGCCAUAUGCUGCUUCCCCCAUAGGAAGAAAGAGCCCUUGUCGUCUCAGCAUCGAGAUUUGGAAAUGGGUGUAUCCGGAACAAAAGAUGGAGGACUUGUUUUCAUGUCAGGAAAUAAUACCACAACAUCUGUAGCAGCUGCGGCUGUAACCACCGCAGCUUCUGACGGCCCUGGUUGUGGAGGCGGUAAUGAUGGUGGUGGAGGAGAUGGCGGUAAUGAUGGCGGCGGAGGAGAUGGCGGUGGAUGUGGAGGUUGCGGCGGAGGCUAA